AUGGGUCCAGGACGCCGCCGGGAGGAGGUGCCUGCCCAGACGGGAAGCCUGGCGCAGCCGUCCAAGUGGGAGGUGACGGGGCAGCGUCUGGCAGCGUCCAGCACGCGACAGACAGGAGUCAAGCACAUCCGGACCAGCAGCUCUAAUUUCUAUGCCUCGCGUCGCUGCAUCUGUAAGGGGUCGGAGCUGGGGCCUCCUGUCCAGCACCUCACCUCACAAGUGAAGACGCUGUUCAGCGUGCUGAACUAUGAGCGGGCCCGGCGCCCCAGCCUCCUGGGGGCCUCUGUGCUGGGCAUGGAUGACAUCCACAGGGCCUGGCGCGCCUUCGUGCUGCGCAUGCGGGCCCGGGACCCGGCACCCCAGCUGUACUUCGUCAAGGUGGAUGUGACCGGGGCGUAUGAUGCCCUCCCCCAGGACAGGCUGGUAGAGGUGAUUGCCAACGUGAUCAGGCCUCAAGAAAACACCUACUGCGUGCGUCAGUAUGCCAUGGUCCGGAGAACCGCCCAGGGACACGUCCGGAAGUCCUUCAAGAGACACGUGUCCACCUUCGCAGACCUCCCGCCGUACAUGAGACAGUUUGUGGAGCGUCUGCAAGAGACAAGCUCACUGAGGGACGCCGUGGUCAUCGAGCAGAGCUCCUCUCUGAACGAAACCAGCAGCGGCCUUUUCCACCUCUUCCUGCGCCUGGUGCACAACCACGUCAUAAGGAUCGGGGGCAAGUCAUACGUCCAGUGCCAGGGGAUCCCUCAGGGCUCCAUCCUGUCCACGCUGCUGUGCAGUCUGUGCUAUGGGGACAUGGAGAGCAGGUUGUUUCCUGGAAUCCAGCAGGACGGGGUGCUCCUGCGUCUGGUGGACGACUUCCUGCUGGUCACGCCUCACCUGACGCAAGCGCAGGCCUUUCUCAGGACGCUGGUCAGGGGGGUUCCUGAGUACGGCUGCACGGCCAACUUGCAGAAGACAGCAGUGAACUUCCCCGUGGAGGACAUUGCCCCGGGCAGCGCGGCCCCCCUGCAGCUGCCGGCCCACUCCCUGUUCCCGUGGUGUGGCUUGCUGCUGGACACCCGGACCCUGGAGGUGUCCUGCGACUACUCCAGCUACGCCCAGACCUCCAUCCGCUCGAGCCUCACCUUCAGCCAGGGUGCCAAGCCCGGGAGGAACAUGCGGCGCAAGCUGUUUGCGGUCUUGCGGCUGAAGUGCUGCGCUUUGUUUCUGGAUCUGCAGGUGAACAGCGUCCACACGGUUUAUACAAACGUUUACAAGAUAUUCCUGCUGCAGGCCUACAGGUUCCACGCGUGUGUGCUCCAGUUCCCGUUCAACCAGCCAGUGAGGAAGAACCCCUCCUUCUUCCUCCGUGUCAUCUCGGACACCGCGUCACACUGCUACUCCCACCUGAAAGCCAGGAACACAGGGAUGUCUCUGGGGGCCGAGGGCGCCUCCGGCCCGUUUCCUUCUGAGGCCGCACGGUGGCUGUGCUUCCACGCCUUCCUGCUCAAGCUGGCCCGUCACGGGGGCACCUACAGGUGUCUUCUGGGGGCUCUCCGGGCAGCCAAAGCACACCUGUGCCGGCAGCUCCCGAGGGUGACGCUGGCCGCCCUGGAGGCCGCGGCUGACCCCGGCCUGACCGCAGACUUCAAGACCAUUUUGGACUGACGACUGGCCCUCCCAGCCCAGAGUGGCCUCCAGGGCCCCUGAGCCCCAGUCCAUGUGCCUUCACGCGGUGGGACGGGCUGGCUCACCUUCAGGUCUCAGCCCUUUCUCCCCUGAGACCCUGAGACUUGAGCUGCUGGCCGGCGCCCCCAGCAGAGGUCGGCCCCCAUGUCCUCGGGGAGGAGAGCCCACCCAGCACCCUCUUGUGAUCGGGGUUGUGUCCUUCAGCCACUGGCCGCCAGGAGGGGGCAGGCAGGAGCACCGGGCUGGCGUGUCCAGUCUGUCUGGACCUUUGUCACCCCCGCUGGGGACUGCCCCAGUCUGCACACGUCCCUGAGCGUGCUCGGUAGUGGGUGUGGCUCUUUCCCCGCUACCUGCCCAGGCCUGCACUGUCCCCGCCCGCCCCUGGCCGUCCCCGCGCCGCGUCCAAAGUCUGUGUCCCAUUGAGCUUUCCCCAGAAGCUGAGGUCCAGUCAGCUGUUCUAGACCCAUCCCCACCCAUCCUUGGGACCUCGCCCUGUGCCCCCCACACCCCGCUCUGGCCUCCUGGAGCCUGAGUGUCUGGCCCACCCCACCUGCCGCCACCCCCACUUCUGACUCUUCCCCGCUGGUCCCUGCUCUGCACACAGUGGCCCUGGGUCAUCCUGGUGGCACUCCUCUGCGUGGCCUCCCCCACUGGACCUGCUGCCCCCGGUAACUCCUGGGGAGCCAUGGAAGGA